AUACAGCAGCCGCCUCGCGUAAAAUGGCGGCGGCAGGAGCUGCGGGGCUCUGAGCGGAGUGCGCGGCAGGCAGAGGCGCGCUCGCCCCUCCUCCCCUCGCCAACUCUAUGUUGUGGCUCUUGCCGCGGGCGGGGGCUGCGGAGCUACGGUGAGGGGGACGCGCGAGCCUGCGUGCCGCGGCGCCGGCCGUUUGUUGGCAGAGGCGGGCGGCGCUGGUGGCACCCGCGGGCGCGGAGCGGUGCCGCUCAGGUAGAGCCCGCCGCUCCCGUCCCUUCGGCAGGAGGAGGCUGAGGCUGCUGUGGGCGGGGGCCGCUUCAGCUCUUCCCUGCUCGGCGGUGGCUGCGGCUCGGGUCUCCAUGUCGGACAACCAGAGCUGGAAUUCCUCCGGCUCCGAGGAGGACCCCGAGACUGAGCCGGGGCUGCCUGUUGAGCUCUGCGGGGUACUCAGCAAGUGGACCAACUACAUUCAUGGGUGGCAGGAUCGAUGGGUAGUUCUGAAAAGCAACACGCUCAGUUAUUACAAGUCUGAAGAUGAAACAGAGUAUGGCUGUAGAGGCUCUAUCUGUCUGAGCAAGGCUGUGAUUACACCCCAUGACUUUGACGAAUGCAGAUUUGAUAUUAGCGUAAACGAUAGUGUUUGGUACCUCCGAGCUCAGGACCCAGACCACAGACAACAGUGGGUAGAUGCAAUAGAACAACACAAGACUGAAUCUGGCUAUGGAUCAGAGUCAAGUUUACGACGCCAUGGCUCCAUGGUGUCUCUUGUUUCUGGAGCAAGUGGAUACUCUGCGACAUCCACCUCUUCGUUCAAGAAGGGUCAUAGCUUACGUGAGAAGCUUGCAGAAAUGGAAACCUUUAGAGACAUCUUGUGUAGACAAGUCGAUACUUUACAGAAGUACUUUGAUGCCUGUGCAGAUGCAGUUUCCAAAGAUGAACUGGAGAGGGAUAAAGUGGUGGAAGAUGAUGAAGAUGAUUUCCCUACAAUGCGUUCUGAUGGGGAUUUUUUACAUAACAGUAACAGCAGUAAGGAAAAAUUGUUUCCUCAUGUGACACCCAAAGGAAUUAACGGCAUAGACUUUAAAGGAGAAGCUAUAACUUUCAAGGCAACCACUGCUGGAAUCCUUGCUACACUCUCUCAUUGUAUUGAACUCAUGGUAAAACGUGAAGAAAGCUGGCAAAAAAGGCUAGAUAAGGAGAUAGAGAAAAGGAGAAGAAUUGAAGAAGCAUACAAAAAUGCUGUGACAGAACUGAAGAAAAAGUCCCACUUUGGAGGGCCGGACUAUGAGGAAGGUCCUAACAGUCUGAUUAAUGAAGAAGAAUUCUUUGAUGCUGUUGAAGCUGCUCUUGAUAGACAGGAUAAAAUGGAAGAACAGUCCCAAAGUGAAAAGGUUAGAUUACACUGGCCAACAUCCGUACCUUCUGGAGAUGCAUAUUCUGCUGUGGGGACUCAUCGGUUUGUCCAAAAGCCCUAUAGUCGCUCUUCCUCCAUGUCUUCCAUUGAUCUAGUCAGUGCCUCUGAUGAUGUUCACAGAUUCAGCGCCCAGGUGGAAGAGAUGGUACAAAACCACAUGACAUAUUCCUUGCAAGAUGUAGGAGGAGAUGCCAAUUGGCAGCUAGUGGUAGAAGAAGGAGAAAUGAAGGUAUACAGAAGAGAGGUGGAAGAGAAUGGCAUAGUUCUAGAUCCUUUGAAAGCAACCCAUGCUGUUAAAGGGGUAACAGGGCAUGAAGUUUGCCACUACUUCUGGAAUGUUGAUGUUCGUAAUGACUGGGAAACAACAAUUGAAAAUUUCCAUGUUGUGGAAAAUUUAGCUGAUAAUGCAAUCAUCAUUUACCAGACACAUAAGAGGGUGUGGCCAGCUUCUCAAAGGGAUGUGCUGUAUUUGUCUGCCAUCAGGAAGAUACCAGCAUUCAGUGAAAAUGAUCCUGAAACGUGGAUUGUGUGCAAUUUCUCUGUGGAACAUGACAGUGCUCCUCUGAACAAUCGCUGUGUCCGUGCCAAAAUAAAUAUUGCUAUGAUUUGUCAGACAUUAGUAAGUCCACCAGAGGGGAACAAGGAAAUAAGCAGGGACAACAUCCUGUGCAAGAUUACAUAUGUAGCUAAUGUGAACCCAGGAGGAUGGGCGCCAGCAUCAGUGUUACGGGCAGUGGCAAAACGAGAAUAUCCAAAAUUCCUGAAGCGUUUUACAUCAUACGUGCAAGAGAAAACAGCAGGAAAGCCUAUUUUAUUCUAGUGUUAACAGCAAUGGGAACAAGACUGGGUGAGCAUUCCACAUUGGAGAAGUGACCGUUCAUACAGCGCUCCAUGCUGGAAUGAAGGAUCUACAGUCUUUUAAUGGCCCAAGUUCUAGGCUUUGUAUACUGAAGUGAAGAAAUGUUGCAACACCAUGAGGCUGAAUAUUUAACACUAGCUCUCUCCAGCUAACUUUUCUUGCCGAAUCAGUGUGUAAUUAUAAAUACAAGUAUUGAUAACAUGUCUGCGGCUCUAUUUUUAUUUGCUUGCUUUAAAAGAGGAAGAACGCAUACAACUUUGAAUCACCAACGUGGGUUACUGCUUUAGUUUCAAACAAGUUGCAGAAUUUCACUGUCAACCUUCCUAAGAUACGUAGUUUUUGUGCAUGUCUAAAAAGCACAAAAGACAAGUGCACAUAUAGCAUACUGUAUGUGCUUUAUAUGCACAAAAAUCUAUGUGGUUUUGGGGGGGGGAAGGAGGGACUUCAGUAAAGCCUAGGUGACUUAUUGGCAGGUUUUGUUUUGCUUUGUAUAAUCACAGUUCAUUGCUGCUGGUUUCUAUAAUGAAUCAUCUUGUUACAUAAAAUGUCUGUUAAUAACUGAGGGCUGUCAAUAUCCUUAUGACUUUGCCUUUUCUAUUGUCUUACUCUCAUGACGAUCUUUGGUUCUGAAGGAGUAAGAGUGUGAAAAGCUUUAUUUUUUCCAGAUAUCUUUAUAUUUCUAUUGUAUUUUUUAGUUAUGUAAUAUGUGCUACAGAAUUUUUGCUAUUAAACAUCAUCCAGAAAUAUCUAGGGGGAUUCUGUAUGAGAGGGCAAGAGACUGCCUGAAAGCUAGAAGCCAUCUGUCCAUGCUGUAUGUGGACUGCUCUCUUGCAUGAUAUCCAGGGCUUUCCCAAAGCUGUGAGAAGGUACACUAUAGUAUUUAUUGAAGUAAUUUGGACUACGUAAGACAACAUUCCCAGUCUAGAAUGAGGAUGAAUACUUUAUUUUCAGAUCCUGCAUGUGUCUUCCUCAUCUUAAUAAAGCCAUGUUAUGUGGUUUAUGUAGAAAAUGACUUGUGUCUUGAUCAAAAACCCAUCAGAGAUAAAAGGAUGCAUAGUUCUUACUGGAAAGUUCCCUUUAGUUGCUGUGAGAAUUUAAAUGUCAUGUAUUUGCCUGCCUUUGAUUCUGGAGAUGCUCAUUAGGAGAGGACUGUGGCAGACUGGUACUGACUUUGAGGUCUUUUAUCCAUGUCCCAUAGUUGGAAGCUCUUCAGAGACUGCUUGGUGUUUCAGUAACCUGUGUAUCUCAAGAAAAAAGUUUCAGAUAUAUUUUUUUCAAAAGCAAGCUGAAAGUCUUAUUUGAUAUAGUAUGAUAGGUGCCUCAAAAUAAAUAUAAUAUAGUAUUUUAAUGAAGAUUUGGUAAAUAAUUAAAUGUGAUCUGCACAGUGUUGAAAAACCUGAUCAGUUAAUCUUCUCUGUAGAGAUGAAAUUGUACAUAACACAUGAUUACACAUGCACGCAGAUUUCAUGCUCCAUAACUCUUCCCUUUUUAUUUGCCUUUCUAUAAUGGAGUGCAUGGAAUAUGCCUUAUUACAGAGUUGCUCUGUUAAUUUGAAUAUGUCAAAAAGUGCCUAUAUGGUAAUGCUAGUAAGGCAAAUAAGAUGAAAAUUUGUAUGUUUACUAUAUCACCAGUGAGCAUUUUAUAUAGCGAUGUUUAAAAAAAAGAGUCUUGUACCUCAAAUGUACUUCAUCUUUUUACAAUCAACCAAGCAAUGGUUCAUUCCACCACAGCCACUGAUGGGAACUUUAAAAAAAAAAAAAAAAUACAAAGAGUUUAACUCCUUAUUUGCCAUUUCUGGUAAUUGUCAGAACGCAGGUGAGUUUAUUAAUUUAAUUGGAUAGUUUUAUUUUACAAAAGUAUGGAAAGUUUACGAAGCAGUAUAUAAACUUAUAUCAUUAGUUGCAUUUGCACUAAAUGUGAUGUACUUUUACGAUUUAUUCUGUAAAUAUUAUUACACUACAGAUACUAUUUGUAAAGAAUACAUUUUACUUUUAGAUAUAAAGGCACUGGUACGUCACUACAGCUAGCCAUGCCCAGAGUCAUAAGAGGCUUCUUAAAGAAUAUGGAACGAGUUGCAAGAUUGAGAAAUCGGUAUUAAUUGACCUCUUUAAAAACAAAUGAAAAAAAGGCAGUUCUCUGUGGGCCUCUCAGAUUGUCUGUGUGCAAGUAGCCAUUAGAUCCUUUCUUCUGGAAGGGAUCUUGCUUUUAUGGUGUUAAAAAAUUUGCCCCGCCUCUUGAGUCCAUUCUUCUUUUCAGUCACUACCACAUACCUGUGUGCUCUGAGUUCACUUCUUCCUGUUAGUGGAUCAGUUGUAUUUAUACAGCUGUGAUGGUCUUUGCAGAAGCAGCUCCUGACUCUAGAAUGGAUGUUUUUAUAAGCUGAACCGAUUUGAAGGGCUGAGGAUGCAGCAAUCUUCUCCAUCAGAUAGCAUUCUGUGAAUAUCUGCAUCUGUUUGGAGAAUUUGGAUGUUGCCAAACCAGAUCUGAAGGAAAUUACUUGAUAGAACUUGUAUUGGGAAUGAGGAUGAGAUGGUCAUUGUUAUCCUGUCUGAGAACCUGAACAUCUUAUUUUGACAAAAUUGUCUGUGAAAAAUGUGAUGCACUUUGGAAAAAAAAAUUACUUUUUACUUAAUUGGGCUGAGCUGGCUUAUCUGAAGUUGUGCAGAUUCUCUUUAAUCAGAGUGUCCACCUGUAUUUUUGUCAAGUUGUACAGAAAUGCUGUAUUUGAAUUGCUACUGUUCAUCUACAGACUUAAAACAUGAAUCAUAUUUUUGAGUACCUUGAGUGUGUAGAGUGUAACUGUUCUAUAAUAGCUUUAUGAUCCUAAUGGUAAGUUUUAAAAAUUACAAGAAGUUGGCUCUUCCAUGUUACAAUCACAAAUUUAAACCAGUAUUUAAAAGUGAAAAGUAUUAAAAAUUAUGAAGAAAAA